CACUUUAUGUCAUUUGUAAUAGUUUAUCUUGUUUAUCUCCAAUAAAUUGUAAUAUAUCCAAAUUAUGACUAAUUAUUAAUUAUACUAAAUUAUGUUAUCAGUUAUCUUAUUAUUACUAAAUAUAUAUUCUUAGUAAAAAAUAAGAAAGUUUAUGUAAGGAGUAUGUUCUGUAAUCUAAAAUGUAUUGUGAAAUUGAAAAGGACGCGUUAGGUACAUUAUAUGAACUUAAAUAAUAAAUGUGAAUUGUUGGAAUAAGUUCCUCUAUGUAUUUACUACAAUGAUCUACAUAUACGAUGGAUAUAGAUACGAUAUCAAAUUGUUCAAAUCUUUCUCUUCAGUCAGAAGAAAUAAGAUCAAACGAAUCAACUCUAUCUGGUUUAAGUAUUUACCAAGAUGAAUUUACAGAGUUACGGUACAUGGUUAAUCCAGCAAAAUAUCCCGACUAUUCAUUUAGUAGAUGUUCUCCAAAGCAAGAUCCUACGUUGAAGUUUAAAGACAGUAUUCAUUUAUCAAAUUUGUCACAUUUGCAAGAUUCUCAGCAAAUACAUGAAAAAUACAAAUCUGAUUUGUAUAAUUUGGAAAAAAGCCUUGAACUAAAAUAUUAUGAUAAAAUAGAAAAAUUAUUAAAAACUAAUCAUAGAUUACAAUCGGAAUUAGAUGGUGCUAAUGAACAAAUCGCGCGAUUAUUAAACAAUUAUUCUAAACAAAGUACUUCCUCUUUGCUUGACAAAAAUUUUAUACAGUUGGAAGAAAAAUAUCAUAAUUUAACAUCGAGAUAUUCUGAAUUACAGCAUGAGCAGUUUCAAAUGAAGAAUCAGAAUGAACAAUAUGAAACUGAAAAUAAACACCUAAAGAUAGAAUUGAGUGAAUUAAAAAUAGAUAUUGAUACAAAAAAUAUAUGUGUGAAGGAAUUAAAAGAUAAAAUAUCUCACCAGUAUGUGGAAAUUGAAACACUAUUAAAAAACAAUUUUAAAUAUUCUCAAACCGUAAGUGAAAUCUCUUCAGAGUUAGCGCAUCUAAAAAAAACUCAAGAUUGGUAUAAAGAACGUUUACGUUUAAGUCAAAAUGAAAAACAGAUAUUAUCUGAGGAAAUAUUGAAAUGCAAAAGAAACUUGUCCUCACAACAUGAAAAAGUAGAGGUUUUAAAUGUAGAAUUAUCAAAGUGGAAAGCAAAAUGUGAAGUGAUAGAACUUAAAGCUUUGCAAGAUAAAGAAAAAUUAUAUAAACAACUCGAUUCUGUCCAUACAGCAAAUUAUUCUAAAACUGAUCAGUCAAAAUUAAAUUUUAUAGGAGAGGAAAAUCAGGCAUCUAUAAUAAAUUUCUAUGAAACUAGUAUUCAAGAUUUAACUAAUGAAAUCAUGAAAAUUAAAGAAUAUGUUCAAGAGCAAGAUGGCACGAUUAAAAAAAUUACAAAAGAAAAUUCAGAAUUAAUAGCACGUUGUAUAACAUUGCAGAAAAGUGUUCAACACAAUGAGAUAACUAUUGAAGAAUUGGAGAAUAUUAAAAAAGAAUUAUACGCAGAAUUGAAUGAAAUGGAGGUUAAAGUAAAAAUAAAAUCUGAUGAAACAAUAGUAAGGGAAAAUCAAAUAUUGAACCUACAUGCUGAGUUGAAAGUACGGAAGGAUGAGCAGGAGAUGGUAGAACAAACUGUGAAAAUAAUAAGGGAUCAGUUCACCAUUUUUAAAUCCAAAUAUAGAGAACUGGGAGAUGAAAUAUCUAUUAAAAAUAAACAAAUUUUACAACUUGAAAAUGAAAAACAAAAAUUAUUUAUGAACAAUAAUUGGAACAUUUGCGAACUACAAAAAAUAAAAGAAAAAGAUGCCGUUAUAAGUCAGUUGAAAGAUGAAUUAACUAAAAGUAACAAAACUAUAAAAGAACAUUUGGAUGCUAUUAAAACAAUGAAAAAUGAAAUGAACAAAAAUCAAGAAAAAAAUUUAUUGUUACUUGAUGAGAAACAAACAUCUAUCGACAGAGAUCAUUUAGAAAUUCAGAAAUAUGAGAGUGCUCUAACACAAUAUAAAAUAAUGAUAACGGAUUGUGAUAAACAGAUUACUGAUUUGAAAAAGCUGCUUAAAGAAAGUAACAUAAAAAUUGCUGACCUUAAAGAUAAUAUCAAAAUUCUUAAACAGGAGAUCAAUAAAAAAGAUGUUAAUAUAAGUGAAAUGACUAACAGAUAUACUACCUUAGAAAGUGAAUUUAAAAAUCUUCAAAAUACGAAAUUGAAAAUAUGUACUAGCAAGUAUGAAAAUAAUGGUCUUAAAACCUCAGAAAAUAAUAAAGAUUCUAAAUUUAAUUUGCAACAUUUUCAAAAUUCUAUAGACAACACUGGUAAUUUAAAUAAAGUGAAAUUUGAGAAAAAUACUGUGCCAAUACAAGGUGAUUGUAGUAAAGUAACAUGUAAUAGUAAAGAAAAUAAAAAAAUAGUACAUCCAGUUAUACAUAAUUUUAAGAAAAAAAUGGUAUUGAAAACUUUAGAGCUGGAAGAUAGGAUAAAUAAGUUGAGCGAAACUUGUAAUGAAUGUCACACAACUUUAAGUAAUAUUCUUAAUACUAUAAAAAGUGGCAAUGAAAAGGAGCAAGUGCAAAAAUUAAAUGUUUUGCUGCAAGUUAAGGACUUGGAACUAAAAGAAAAACAGAAAAAUUGUUUUAGGUAUGAAGCAAAUAAUCGAACAUUGCUAAGAAAGGUCAAAGAACAUAUGAAGGGUAGAAAUGCUGCAGAAAAACAUAAUAAAUAUUUACAGGAGAUGUAUAAUUCUUUAUCAGACGACAAUAAUUCUCUUAAACUGGAACUUGCGUCAAAGGAUUGUGAGAUUGAAAAUCUGAGAAAGAUGUUGGAUAAAUUUACUAAUAUUAAUGAAAAAUUGAAGAUAUCAGUAUUAAAAUUAGAAGAGCAAAUAGGCAAAAGUAGAAUAUGUGAGAAAUGUGUUUUAUCUAAUGAAAAAUUCGAGUUUUUAGAAAAAUGUAUCAAGGAUCUUGAAAAUGAAAAAUUAACUAGCCAGAAACUAUUGAUGGAUAAGGAAGACGUUAUAAUCAAUUUUCAGAAAGAGAUCCAACAAUUAUUAGAGACAAAUGUAUCCUUAAAUAGAAGUAACAGUAAAUUAACAGAUGAAAAUAAAAGCUUCUUACAUGACAAAGAGAUUUUGUGCAACACAAUGGGAACAUUAGAAAAUGAAAUAAAAAAGAAGGUAUCACAAGCAGAUGAAUUGCGUCUUACCUUAAAUCAAGAAAAGAAGCAAUUUUCUGAAACUGUCCUUGAAAACAGUCACUUAAAAAAUUGCUUGGAUGAAACGCAUGCACAAGUCGAUUAUCUAUCAAAUGAAAUAAAGAUUUUAAGCUCCAGGCUUCAGGUUAAAUCUGAGGAGUUGAAUCAGCUGGAAGAUAACAAAUCUAAAAUUGAAAAUAACUGGAAAGAAAAGCAAAGGGAUUUCCAAACUGUUAUAAGUACCCUAAAACAUUGUGCGCAUGACAUGCAACUGGAAAUCACUUCAAUUAACAGUGAAAAAUACUUUUUACAAAGGCUAUGUAAUGACUUAAAAUUAGCUUUAAAAAGCCAUACUAGUCGUAAUAAGAUGCUACAGCAGCAGUUGCAUGUUGCCUUGAAGGAAAAAGAUUUCAACAGUUUGCCAAAUGUACUGCUAAAUAUUCCUUGUGAUAUAAAAUAUGAUGAUGAUUAUAUAAACCAAUUAUUACAACAAAAUAAAGCUCCGUUGCAAGUUAAGCCAAUUAUAGAAAUGAAGAGUUGUCUUGAUACUCUUAAAAGAGAAAUAUCAACCUUACAGGAACAGAUUGCCAAGAAAAAUAUAAAUUUUUAAUAAAUU